UCACGCUCAGUUAAUAAUGCCACAGAAGAAGCAAGACACUACAAUUCCCACAAUGCAUUACAGUCAGCGUUGUCAUAACGGAAGUGUUAAGCUACUUUCGAGAGGACAUAGUUUGAUAUACGUUCAUCUAUUUCUGCUUUAUUUUUCUACAAUAUUAUUUAUAUAUCGACUCUUUUUUUGAUGUAUUAUUCUUCAGCUGGUAAUACAUUACUCGUGUGUACUUUAUUGUCGGUGAGCUAGCAUGAGAGUUCAUUUAGCAUACAUGAAUUUCUUUAAUGUGAUGUGAGCUUCGGAAGGAAAAGUCAAGUUUGUUACCUUUCAGGAUGUACACCUUGUUGUCAGGUCUUUACAAGUACAUGUUUCAAAAAGAAGAGUAUUGCGUUUUGAUUCUUGGGCUCGAUAAUGCUGGCAAAACGACAUUUCUGGAGCAAACCAAAACGAAAUUUUGCAAGAACUACAAAGGAAUGAGCCUUUCCAAAAUCACCACCACGGUCGGUUUGAAUAUUGGCACUAUAGAUGUGGGGAAAGCACGCCUGAUGUUUUGGGAUCUUGGAGGGCAAGACGAAUUGCAGUCACUGUGGGACAAAUACUAUGCAGAAUCUCAUGGUGUUAUCUAUGUAAUUGACUCCACCGAUGAAGAGCGUCUGGCUGAGUCUAAGGAUGCCUUUGAGAAGAUGAUUAGUAGUGAGGCUCUUGAAGGGGUUCCACUUCUGGUGCUUGCAAAUAAACAAGACGUAGAGAAUUGUUUGUCUGUGCCUGACAUUAAGACAGCAUUCAGUGACUGUGCACCCAAAAUUGGUAAACGGGACUGUCUGGUCCAGCCUUGCACUGCUCUGACAGGUCAGGGGGUGAACGAAGGGAUUGAGUGGAUGGUGAAGUGUGUGGUUCGGAACAUUCAUCGUCCACCUCGACAAAAAGACAUUACAUAAACUCUCUGUGUGUUUGUGUGUGUGUGUGUCCUGAUCUUUUGAUCUGUGGGAAAUCAGUCCAGUUGAAGUUUAUUGCAGCUUCCCAUCUUCUUGUCUUACACUAAAGCACCAGCUAAGGACAGGCAUGUGCUCUUGUGUAAAGUGGACUGUACAUUCAUGUUAAUUUUUUUAAAUAUUUUUUUUUAAGUAUACAUUAAAUGAAAGACCAUUUGCUUGAUAUGAAUUCUGCUGUGGUGCAGAUGCUUAUAUUGGAGCAAGCCUCUCUGUUCAGCAGGAUGAAAAUAUAAAAAAAAGAAGGUUUUUUUUUCUUUAUUAACACUAAAAUAUUAUUGAAAUAAUCUAGACAUUCUACAAUAAAUAUGCACAAAUAUGAGUCUCUGCCCAGCAGCUUACAGGGUCUUUUCCUUUAUUUUGGAACCCUACCACAUCAGAUUUUUUUUUAACAACUUCUAUAAAUUCUGUAAUAAACACCAUUGUUGAAAACGAA